AUGAAAAGCCUACCGCCAAAUAUUGUGCUCACCGAGGCCAGCGCGGCUGAUCUACCAGCUAUUGCUGAAACCGCACGAGUGGCCUUCCUCAGUGAUACACACACCCAACUCAAAGACCUCGUUAACGGUGGCAGCUGGUUCACCUCCUCUGACGCCCAACAAUGGCUGCAGAGCCUACUUGACAACCCGCAAAUCGACAUCAUUGUGGCCAGGAACCAGGAGAUUCCACCUGACCGAUCCCCAACAGAGGUCUACCCCGCGCCCAUUGCCGGAUUCAGCAUUUGGGGGAAGCGCAACUACGACGAUACCACGAACAGCGCGCCCGCCGCGCCGCCGGGGCCCCGGCCCCCUGCACCAAUGCACCCUUCGCUUCCAGUGCACCGGCCUCUGACCGUGCGGGACCUCGAGUUCAUCACGAACCAGUCUAUGGCCGACUGGCAGGGUUACUUCUGCCCUCCCAGCGUUAGGUGCAGGUUCGUCGUGAGCUGCUCCGUCAGGCCCGAAUACCAAGGGCGAGGCAUUGGUGGUGCGCUACUUCGAUGGGGCAUAGACAAGUGCGACGACGAGGGCGUCUACUGUUGGGUGCAGAGCAGCAUGGGUGCCUUGCGGGCGUAUGAGGCCGUCGGGUUUACGGAGGUUGGUCGGCUCGAGUUGAAUCUGGAUGAUUUCUCCGAGGGACACUCGAGACACGACGGCAAAGGCUGGGGGAUAUAUGUUUGGCCAUAUAUGCGCAGAGAGCCCACGAUUCUACGAAGCGGUGACGGGGAUGCCUGA